AUGUCGUUAUCCACCUUGGAUACCGCCUCGUUUGGCCAAUCCUUCUCUCCAUACACCAACAACCAGUCUCUUCCUCUACAGCAGCCACCCUUUCCCGUCCAGGCCCAGCCGGCGUCUAGCUUUGCCCAUAAUGUCCCGCAGCAGCAGCAAUAUCAGCAGCUGUCUGGUGCCUACGCGGCGCCAUAUUCACAGGCCAUGUCGCCUCCAGCCGUAAUGCCUAUGGCAGCCUCUCCUUCGAACCGUGUUCCACCAUAUGCUGCUUCUGCAGUCACACAGGCCUCGCCUCAGCAAUCACCCAUGGCUGCCCCGCAAUCACGACCAAUCCACUCUCCAUCUGCCGGCGCAUCUCCCGUGAAUACUUUGCAAGAGAAGGAAAGGAUAUCACUGCUACUGGAGAUCAAUCUUGAACUUCUACAGGAAAUGCACAGGUUGCAGGCGCAGGGCAAGGGCGGCGCGACCAGCCCACAGGCAGCAGCUCAUCUUAAGAAAGAGGGCCUGCCCGAUGCCCUCGCGUCCGAGGAGUACACCCAGAUCAAUCUCAGACUACAUUCAAACUUGGGCUAUGUUUGCAGUCAUACCGACAACCAAUCCAAACCUGGAGCCAUGCCAAAUGUCACUGCACCUCCCAAUAUGCCCCAGCUGGAAUCUAAAUACAGCAAAUUGAGGGCUUUGUUUGGUAGGGACGGCCAGCGACGGUCAAUGUCAAAUGGUGUAAUCAAUGCACAAACACCUGUCCAGGGCUUUACUAAUUGA